AUGGAUCAGAUCUUCCGCAAGGUGGAGCGGGGCAUCGACGCCCUCUUUGGCGAUGAGCGUCACGCCCACACGCACAUGGGCCACGAGUGCCACGAGCACCAUCCUGCCGGCCAUGCCGAGAACCGAUUCCAGUCUUUUGCUCCCCAGACCACCGGCAACGCCAAGUGGUAUGUCGACGGGUGCUCCUACUUCUGGGCCGUCUCGGAAGCCAUUGAGCAGGCCCGCGAGAGUAUCUACAUCCUGGAUUGGUGGCUGAGCCCGGAGCUCUAUCUGCGCCGCCCCCCUUCCCAGAAUGAGCGUUACCGCAUCGACAACCUGCUCAAGGCAGCCGCCGAGAGAGGUGUCAAGGUUAACAUCAUCGUCUACAAGGAGGUCGAGGCCGCCCUGACCCUCAAGUCCUCUCACACAAGGAAUUACCUGGAAAGCCUUCAUCCCAACAUUGGCGUGUUUCGACACCCUGACCAUGUCCCGACGGGCUACGAUUUCCAGGCUGAGCUCCGCCAGAACUUCUCCAACAUGACGGUCAACACCUUCUCCUUAUCCAAGGCCUCUGGUGACGCCAUCAAGGCCAUCUACGGUACUGCGUCCGACGGCGUCACCCUGUUUUGGGCUCACCACGAGAAGCUGUGUCUGAUUGACGGAAAGCUCGCCUUCAUGGGAGGUCUUGAUAUGUGUCACCCUAUCGCGGACGCCCACCCAGGCAACUUGGACGCCAUCAUCUUCCCUGGCCAAGAUUACAACAACGCUCGCGUCUAUGACUUUUCCGACGUCGAUAACUGGGAGCAGAACAAGCUUGACCGUACCAAGAACUCCAGAAUGGGCUGGUCCGAUGUCAGUAUUAGCUUGAACGGCCCCAUCGUCCAGCACCUGGCAGACCACUUUGUCGACAGAUGGAACUUCAUCUAUGAAGAAAAGUACGGCAAGAAGAACCCCGGCAAGUACCAGGCACUGGGAGGUGCCGCUGGCAACUCCGACGCCGGAAGGAUCGCCGAGAACGAGACGGAGAGCGGCGGCCUGUUCGGCGGCGGCCACUCCAGCCACCUGUUCGGCGACCUCUCCGAGCGCAUCAACCGCGGUGUGAGUCGUCUGAUGGUCAGCGACGACCAGGAUGAUGGAAGACCUGUCAGGAUCGACCGCGGCGACCGCGCGGCCAACAUCCAGCUCACUCGAAGCUGCACCAAGUGGUCUUCCGGCCACGCCACCGAGCACUCCAUCGCAAACGCCUACAUUGACGCCAUCACCAAGGCCCGGCACUUUGUCUACAUGGAGAACCAGGCGAACGCACAGUUCUUCAUCACGGCCACCAGCAAGGAGCAGCACCCCGUCACCAACAAGAUCGGCCGCGCCAUGGUGGACCGCAUCAUCCGCGCCGACCGCGACGGCGAGGACUUCAAGAUCGUUGUCGCCAUGCCCGCGGUCCCGGCCUUUGCCGGCGAUCUCAAGGCCGACGACGCCCUCGGCACGCGCGCCAUCAUGGAGUUCCAAUACAACUCCAUCUCGCGCGGCGGCCACUCCAUCAUGGAGACCCUCCGCUCCGAGGGCGGCAUCCAGGACCCGGGCCGCUACAUCCGCUUCUACAACCUCCGCAACUACGACCGCAUCAACACCUCCUCCACCAUGGCCAACGCCGAGCAGCGUUCCGGCGUUCGCUACGAGGACGCCCGCCGCGAGCACGACGACGUCGUCGGCGCGGGCUACGGCGACAGCGGCGAGGGCACCGGGGCCCGCUGGGGCGAGCGCAACUCGCAGUACGAGCGCUACCAGGAGGCCGCCUCCCACGUCUCGGACCAGACCUGGGACACCGUGUCGGCGUGCUACAUGGACGCCGGCCCGGACCUGCACAGCGUCCCCUGGCACGGCGAGCCCGAGGCCGAGAUGGACGCCUUCGUCAGCGAGGAGCUGUACAUCCACUCCAAGCUCCUCAUCGCCGACGACAGCCUCGUCAUCUGCGGCUCGGCCAACCUCAACGACCGCUCGCAGCUGGGCACGCACGACUCGGAGAUCGCCGUCAUCAUCGAGGACCCCACCCCGAUCGAGUCCGAGAUGGCGGGCCGCCCCUUCACGGCCUCCAAGUUCGCCACGUCGCUCCGCCGCCAGAUCUUCCGCAAGCACCUCGGCCUCCUCCCCGACCAGCGCUGGGACCGGCCCAACGACAACUGGACGUCCGUCGAGCGUGGCCCCAACGCCUACGACUGGGACUCCCCCGCCGACCGCCUCGUGCGGGACCCCAUGUCGCGCGGGUUCUGGGACCUGUGGGAGCGCACGGCGCGCACAAACACCGAGGUCUUCUCCAAGGUCUUCCACAACGUGCCCAACGACCACGUCCGCACCUGGAAGGACUACGACGAGUUCUUCAGCAAGCACUUUAUCAUCCCUGGCGCCAAGGACCAGGGAGACACGGCCGGCAAGGUCGAGUACGGCCACGUCGUCAGGGACGAGUUCCCCGGCGGCGUGCGCGAGGUCAAGGACUGGCUCAGCCGCGUCCGCGGCAACCUCGUCGAGAUGCCCCUCGACUUCCUUGUCGACGUCGAUGACAUUGCCAAGGAGGGUCUGUCCCUCAACAGCUUCACGGACGAGAUCUACACGUAG